CGUCCUGACUGGAGCAGUGCUGUGUCGAGCCAGGCAGCGCUAGUCUGAGUUCGGUUCUCGCAGUGGAAAGAUGCGCGCGCUCGCCUUCCGCGGCCUGCGAUGAUCUAUGCUGGUCUGUUUCUUCUGAAAAUCUGUAUGAAAUUCACGUAGCACCGUUGCUGGACUGAGAAGUGUGUGUGCUCAGUCGUACUGUGGUGUCAGCCAUGUGAUACUCGCUUGGGCGUAUGUGUACUGCGUAUAUGUGUAAGCAGGUGUUGCUAGUUGUGUGUGCGGUGUCAAGGCGGCAACUGUGAGUGACGCCAGUAUACUUCUCGUCUGUGUCUUUAACGAAAGUGCCGAGACACCACGUCAAUAUCUCGCUGUUGUCACUGUCAUGGAAUGCUCCUACCUGUACCAGUUCUCACCUGAGGUAGAUUAACGUUUGUGUGCAAGGCAGGUGACGGAGGUCCAGCUCUGAGAACCCCGCCCGCCUCUCCAUGUGAGGACGCUGGUUUGUAGCUGCUACCCGUCCAUAACCCCACGCCUUUUGCACCGUGAGCUCUGCAACGCCGGAAAUAUGGUAGGAUUCCUGUACACGGGGUGCGAUCAGUGAUUACAGCAUUCCCGCAAGGUUAGCGUGUUGUGCACUGCGAGACGUUUGUGAAAACCCGCGGGAAGCAAGGCACGAUGGGGCGUCUCAAGGCCUGGCAGAACCUCAACCCACUCUUCUCGGGGAAGUACAAGAAGCUACUCGAAGAAUAUGGUUCAAAGGACUACUCGAGGCUGCUUCUACAGGAGUCGCUUCAAGAUUAUCUUUCCUAUGCUUGUGGUCAUUGCGGACACAUCCAAAAAUUACAGGCUGAGGAACUUAAUAGCAUCGUCGGACACGCCUUUCGCCUCGCAUACGCAGCGCACCUUCAGAAGUCCGGGGCCACUGUCCGUGAUGUCAUCCCCACGCACUCCCACGGCAACACUCCUCCGCUUCCCCACACAUUAGCUCACCACCCCAGUCAGUCACACUCCCACACUCACACGCCUUCACCUUCCGGUACCCCACUACACAUUCACGCCCAAACCCACACCACCCACACCCACCCUCACCAGAGAGCGUGCGACCACAACUGUUCCCCCUCUCCACUCCAGGCGAUAGCAGCGUCCCGGGAUUCUAGUCCCAGCCCCAGCAUGCGCACCCCGGGGAGCCCCGCCCUGGCCGCCCUCCAGAAGCCCUCCUCCUUGCCCGGCCUCCACACACACCCAGAGAAUGACAACGCUCCACAUUCUCCAGACAGUGAAAACAGUAACAGCCCGUCAGAAUUAAACAGCUCUAAGAGGAUAGCAGAGAAGCCUCCUCUUAUAAAAAAGCUAAGUGUGACCCUCGAGUCAACCCUGAACUUGGAGGAAGACCUUCACCCCCUAGUCACCUCCUCCUCCUCACCCUCGCCCUCGUGCCAGACGUCAUGCAUCACCACCAACACCUCAUCCUCCUCCACCACUAGCACCGCCGUGGUGGGCUACGUCAACGAGAAAGUCACUGACUCUUCUGGCAGCUGCGUCCACCCGGCGGAUGGGCAGGAGCAGCACGACUUCGACAAUAAAUGCCGAAUCUCCGAUGACGUAAAACUGAAGCGCAUCUCCCAGAUCUCUGUGAGCUCUAGCGCCUCCUCAGGAGUUGUGGCCCUCGAUGUCUCCACAUCCAGCACACGCUCAGCCACUCCACCACCUCUCCCUGAACGUUCAGAUUCUCUCACGCCGCCAGAGGAGCCUCACCUGAAGACAGCAGCUUGGUUCCAGGCAGGCAUUCCUAGAGAGAUUGCCCUGGAGGUACUGAGUCAUGAGCCAGUGGGGGCCUUCAUGGUGCGUGAGUCCACCAGCAAACCUGGCUGCUAUGCCCUCAGCCUCAGGGUGCCCCGGGACUUCACUGUGUCUGGCAUUGCACACUACCUAAUAGUCAAAACAAAUAAAGGCUAUAAAAUUAAGGGGUUCACCAAGGAGUUCAGCACCUUGACAGCCCUCAUCACCCACCACUCAGUGAUGCCAGAGCUGCUGCCUUGCCCUCUCUCACUGAGCCGCUACAACCCAACCUUCACAUCUGAUGACCAGGCACGCAAUGACUCCAACGAUGAUGAUCCAGACUACAACACACUUUCAGACUUCAGGAAGAUGAUGGCUGAUCUGAAUGUGUGAGCUGUUUGUGACUUACUAGAUCUGUAAAGUAUAGGGAAGCAGCUUUGCUCCCAAGCAUGUAGGAAACAGGUUAGGUAAUGGAAUGCUUCCAUGAUAUUAAAGUCUGACAACAUACAGCUAAGCCAGUAAAAUAUUCAUUUGGACUGUCUAAACUGUAAAUAAAUUUUUCCUUUUACAUUCUUAAUAUUCAAACUUCCAGAUGUUUGUAAAAAAUUUAGUUACAUAGUAUUUUACAUUCUCACUUUACUGGUCAUAUUUGUAUCAAAGUCAAAAUGCAAUUGACUGUCAUACGUACUUUAUGAUAAUUAUUUGAGUUGUACCAGAAAUACAAUUUAUAUAAAAGUAUAGGAAUAUAUAGUAACUAAAAUGUAUAAAUCUAAUAUCAGAAUUACAGCUUUUUUAUAAAAUGAAAUAGUACCAGUCUAUAAAUUUAACGUAAUCCCUAAGUGAAAAGUAAGAAAACUUUUAUCCAGUCCUAGUUAGAAGAGGUUGUUGUAUUAUUUUUUCACAUAAUUUUAUGAAAAAAUAAUUUGAUUUUUUCGCAUUUUUUGUGUGUGAAAAUAAUACACCAUGCAUUGCAACAUUUGCAGAGAAAAUUGAUAUGGAAUACAAAACAGAAUUCUGACUUCUAAAUCAAAUAUAUCUGAAAAUUUAUCAUUACUUAGAAAGCAAACAAACUUCUUUUUUUAAAUACUUUUUAAAGCUUUAUGAAUGUGAGAGCAGUCUUCAAGUGUUUUGAUGAGAAGUGAUGGCGUGCUCGCGUGAUGAUCAGUGCCACUUUUAUACGUAGAUAUUCCUGUGACUGAGAACUUCAGCCCAGUUCAGUGAUUAUGAUGUUCACUGUAGGAUUCCUAGGUACAUAUGGCUAAUUUGGUUCAAGCUAGAAAGAUUAAAAGAAAUUUUAUAAUGAAAUCAUAUUUGUAUGAAUGGUUUGUUCAACCUGGCAAUUGGCUGAUUUUGAAUCACAAUUACUUAUUCAACAACUGAAGUACUGCCUUUAUUUACAUACCUACUCUGUGGUCUAAAAAGGCUGUGGCAUAAUUGAAUUAAUUCUUUAACUUUAAAUAUGGUACUUCAGCUGUAGAAGUGGAUACAAAUUUUGCAUUACAUAUACAUAUUUGUGAUUCAUGAUGUAAGAUUAUUUACUGAGAUGAAGAUUCUUCAAGAUUUUACUUUCAUAAUGACUAUUACAAUAUUUUUUUAUAUAACUAUAUAUAAGAGGAAAAUCAGUCACUACAUUAAUUUUUUUAUGAAAGGAAAGCCAUACUUUCUCCAUUUCUACUUUGAGUGAGUAACUUUAAGUUAUACCUUUCUUCAUUCUGUGUGAGAGCAGAGUGAUGGUAAGGAUUGUUCUCCUCUUAUCCUGUAGCCAAAUUCUUCCAAAUCAAGUGGUCAUUAUGUUUUAUAUGUGUUGGGAUAUAUGUACUAUGCACUAACUAGAAUUAAAAAUUUGUGGUGACAUUUGGUUACAUAAUAUGAAACUAAUUAGGUUCUUAUUUCAUAACUUCAUCAUAUUUGUAUAUGUGAUGUAAGAAAACUUUUGAUUUGUAAAUGUUCAGAACACCAUUUUAGCUUGCCCACCAGUGUGUCCAGAGCACCACACAUCUCCAGGGAGUGGGCAGGGCGGAGCCGAGGGAGGAGUAUUGAUGCUUGUUUUAGCACCUUCCAAAGAAUGUAGAAUAUUCAAUAUGAGCUUUAUUGUGAUAUAGUGUCAGCAAUUUUGCCGAAACUAUUAGUCUGUAGGAGAAAACUUGUCCCCUGGGUGCAUUACUUUAACCCAGUCAGGAUUAUGGGCAGGGUAUGAGGAAGUCCUCAGUAUGAUGGUUCAAAGCUCAGAAUGUUGUUUCUUUGAUUAUGAGAGUCAUUUUUUGUGAUAUGUAUGUAUAUUUUAUACCACUUUGUCACUUGCUAUGAAUAUAUAUAUAAUUUUUUUUUUUUUCUAAUCUAAGACUGAGUGCGAGCUCCAGUGAUUAAUUCUGGAGAUGUGCACCAUCAUGUACAGUGUAGAGAUGUAAGGCGAGCACAAGAAAAUUGAAUUUCAUUAUGCAGACAUUGAAAAAUUGCCUCAAAAAAGGGGAAUUAAGUUCUUUGAUGUAGGUAUAUCAUAAGUAUAAUUUAAUUUGAAAUUAUUUUAAAAUUCAAGCUUAUAUAACUUAUAAACAAAGAUAAUUAUAAUUUUCAUCAAAACUCUCAUCUCAGCAUCUAAAAAACAAAGAAAACAAGUACAGCACACAUCCCCUCCUUCAGUCACUCAUUGCAGUUAGGCAGUUUUAUACUAAAAAUAAUGUGCUCAAAAAUCAGAUAUGUUUUGGUAAUCCUUUUGAUGUAUACAUGCAUCACAUAUCAACUUACUGAUCUGUGCACCACUAUGUCACCUGUCAUGUAGGAAUCAGUGGUAUUAUAAAAAAGGAAUACAGCUUUCCAAGGAUGUAGUUGAGAGAAGAUGCCAUCAGUUUAUUUUAUUUACAAACUGGGAGCUAUCACCCUGUUACCUCUUCUUUGUAUUCAUUUAGUUCAACAACUGGAAUACUUUGUUUUGCAUUUCAAAGCUGUCUACCAACAAAACACAAAAACAAUACAUAAUGAUAUGUAACUGACACAAGGCAGGACAAAACUCCAUAUUUGUAUAUCAAAAUUCAACCAGAAAAUUAAGUUAACAAAAGCAUACAGCUUGUCAUGACCUCCUCAGUAUUUUAUUUUCUGUAAUCUGACUGUUUUAAUAAUCCCACUUUACCUAUAUAUGAGAGCCACUGAAGAACAAAGCUAGAGUUUAAGUUUUUGUGGCAGUAAAAAUUACCUAACUGUUGUUUAUUGGAAAUGUCUGAAUAUUCUCUGUAACUGUCUGUCAUCCAGCCCCUCAAGAUGUUCAUGUUGCUGCUAAAAGUAAGGAAAAUAUGACUUACCUCUAGGAAUUACUUGUUCCCUUAUGCUAAAAUGUUGAUUUACAAAUGAUCUAUAAGCAUGAAACAUGUAAAAAAAAAUAAAUAAAUAAUAGGUAUUCUUCAUUUAAUACACAAUUUCAAAAUAAAAAAAACUAUUUUCAUCAUACAUAGUACCUUCAUGACCAAGAAAUCUGCACAGUUCAGUAACCUGACAUCCUUUUUUCAAACUGAAUCAAGUAGCAUAUUAGUGAUUGACAAAUUGAAAAGUAACCAGAUUUUAUGUCAUCAUAUAACAAGGUGAAACAAGAGUAUUUCCUGCCAUAACUAGUCAUAAAAGGAGGCACAUCUCAGCAUCAGUGCUAGAGUGGCCUUGGCACUGGUUGCCCCAGCAGCUGCCAGUUGGCCCCAGCAAACCCUGACUCCAGCUGGGCAGAGCAACAUAGCAGUCUGACUCUAUUAGUGCUGAUGUGAUGACACACUAUAUUUUUUCUAUUUGCAACUUGAGUGCUGCUAUUUUAGUUGUCAUCUCUAAAGUGGCUUCAUAUUUUCCCUAACAUAUACCUAUUUUCUUUGUUAUUUUCCUCAUGUUAAUUUCAUAUCCUUGUCCUUCAUAUUCAUGUCCUUAAUUUUGUAUUCAUAUCCUUAAUUUAUAGCCUGUUUUUUUCUUCUUGUUAUCUAAUUUUAUAUUUUAUGUUCUUAACUCGUAUUGAUUUUGUAUCAUUAUCCUUAAUUCACAGUGUGUGUCAGUCAAUGAAAUUUAAUCCCCAUAUUAAAAAACAUCUGCACCACUUGAACUGUCUAAGAGCACUGAGGCAGAUGUGAGGGCUCCUGCAAUUAGCCAUUUGCAUAUGAAUACUGUAGUCAAUAAAUCUAUUGAUCCCAUGAAUAUGAAAGUCAAAUUUGUGUUUCACAUAUAAGAAGUGAUUGACCCUAGGUAACUGAAACCAUAUAGAUCUGCUAGUUACUACAGAGCACUACCCAAUCUCAUCAAGAAACUGUUGUGAACCAGAAUCUAGAACUUGCAGCCUAUUAGCCGUGAGCUGAGCACUGUACCUUGAAGCUACCUGGGCUGCGAUUCAUAUUUAAAAUGCAUAAUGUUAUUGAUUGUGCUUCACUAAUGUGUGCAACAUGUAUAUGUGUAAAAUAUAUAAAUACAUAUAAAUAUAUAUAUAUUAUAUGCCAUAUAGAGCCUACUUACAAGCAGUAAUAUUCAUGAAAGUAAGUUGAUAAAUAAAUACUUGCUGCUAA